AAAUCAAUUUUUCUUUGAAAUGUUUGUUUUUGCUUAAGUUUAAAAUAAUUACAAAAAGUUUGAAAAAAAAAAACAAUUUUACGAUGGAAGGCAGAGAUGUCAAUUUCACUACUUGUCUAUUUGCAUGGUUUGUCUUUUUAAUUUCGGAGGCUCUUGCUGCUUUAAUCAUCCACAACAUGGUCGCAUUUGGUAAUGUUAUUUGGAAUGCCGAAGAAAUUUCAAAACCAUUAUGGAGUAAUCACGCAUUGAUCAUGGUUGUCACUAUGAUUCUGAUGAAUGGCAACGGAAUGAUGAUGUUUCGUCUGUUUCCGAAGUGUAGAACUGUUUUCAUUAAAUAUCUUCAUGCACUUAUUCACACUAUGAUUUUAAUUGGUUCCGGAUAUGCUUACUAUUUGAUUCACAGCUUCAAGGCUGACCUAGAUCGAUCUCAUUUUACAUUUCAACAAUUGCAUGCGUACUUGGCGGUGUUAACUGCUAUUUUGUAUAUUUGCCAAUGGGCAUCUGCAGUGUUUGUAUAUCUUUACAUGUAUUCAAAUCAGCGAAGAAGGAAACUUUUUGCUUCAUGGCAUAAUUUCCUUGGAGUUUGUGUUCUUCAGAUUUCUAUCAUAACAGCAUGUGUUCAACUGCAAGAUAUGAAUUAUAAGAAUUAUUCCAGAAAUUUUGAGAAACAACAUGCCGAGCAUGCAAUGGUGUUAAUGGUUAUCUAUGGAGCUCUUGUUAAUUGUGUUGUUCUAAAUCCAUAUCUAGAAUGGCGUUUGGUUGGUCCGCUUUAAGAGGAAAUCAUAGUGUUUUAGUUAGUUUUAAAUAUUUAUAAUUUAAUUUUAUACUAUUAUUUUAUAUUUAUAAAAAUGUUUAAAAUGUUGUGAUGAUUGUAGCAUUUUUACAAAAAUUUAAA